CAAAAACACACAAAAUGAAAAUACGAAAAAAUUUCCUACCCAAACGUAUUGUCGAUUGGCUGUGCUUUCUUUUGAUUGGUGUCUUUUUACCGAUCGUUUUUAUUUUCGAAAUAAUUGUGGUGCUGCCGGCAUUUCAUGAACCUGGAAGUUUCUGGCAUACAUUUACAUUUGUGAUGGCCUGUUUUUUGAUAUUCAAUAUUACGGGGAAUUUCAUGGCCUGUCUAAUGAUCGAUACCAGUGUGGAUUUCGAAACCAUCCGCCCACCACCAAAUGCCGAAGAACUUGGUUGGUGGUUUUGUAAAAAAUGUGAUCGUACCGCACCACCACGCAGCUGGCAUUGUAAAGUGUGUAAAUGUUGCAUACUAAAGAGGGAUCAUCAUUGUCUCUUCGUUGGCUAUUGUAUUGGACAUCGCAAUCAUCGAUAUUUCAUGAUGUUCGUCGUUUUCCUCUUCAUUGGAGCCACAUAUGCUUUUGUCUAUAAUUCCCUUUAUCUGUGGGUGGUUAAGGCUCGCAUUUAUCGUAACUUGCUAUCAUUCCUGAAAAUGACCUGCCCAAUGUUGAUGGUUGUCAGUGGACCUCUAUGGCAAAAUAUGUUCCUUAUCUUUUAUAAUUUAAAUAUACUGGCAUUUGUUUAUAGUGUGGUACUGAUGUGGUAUCAUGGUUCCGGUCUCUUUGAGGGUGGUGUUUGCUAUGAGAAGAGUAAAAAGUUUCCAUAUGGUAAAGCAAAUUGGCGCGACAAUCUUCGUACGGUAUUUGGUAAACAAAUGCAUUUGGUAUGGCUGUCGCCAUUGUUGAAAAGUGAAUUGCCGGAGAACGGCAUCGAUUGGCAUCUGACGGACAAAAGUGUUAAAAAGCCUGUUAAAUUAUUGUGUAAACAAGAUAUUAAAGAGAAGUAA